CUCGCCGCGGCGCGCGCCCGCUGCCCUCGACGCGCUCAUGGAGCCGCCGUGGGAGCUCGAGCUCGAGCUGCGGCGGCACAUCGAGAACUGCGCCUGCACCUGCGACCACAUGGGCUACGGAAACUACAUGGACUACCAGGUGGCGCCCGCGGCGCAUGCCUGUGUUUGUCGCGCGAUCACGUCUCCGCACGCCCACGCAGCAGUUCCCGAGGGCAUGACGUUUCCCGGUCCCCUGCCGGACGUAGCAGAACGUUGUGGACGGUGGGCCCCAGACUCCCUGUCGGCUUCGGCCUCAGGGAGCUCUGACGAAAAACCGACCCCUCGUCGCCCACGCUGGCGGAUCGCGUUAGCUGCUUUAGUGGUCCUGGCCGCGCUGGGGGCUGCACUUGCCUUACCGCUCGCCCUUGGUGGAGGGGGGCGGGCUACGCCAGAACAGAGGUUAACAACUAUACGAAGAAUGCUCCGAGACUCUCCAUUAGUCGACGGCCACAACGAUCUGGCAUGGAAUAUACGGAAGUUUCUUCACAACAAAAUUGGAGACUUUAACUUGAGUGCUAGUCUUGAAGGACUUGAACCGUGGGCGAAAUCGCGCUGGUCGCAUACUGAUAUUCCACGUUUAAGACUCGGGCAAGUCGGUGCUCAGUUUUGGUCAGCUUAUGUACCGUGCGGAGCGCGGGAUCGUGAUGCCGUACAGCUGGCGCUGGAGCAAAUGGAUGUUAUUAAACGUAUAGUAGAAAUGAAUGCAGGACAUCUUUCACUUGUUACGGACGCAGGAGAACUUCUUGACGCCCAUAGAGAUGGUCGCAUAGCUUCAUUAAUAGGAGUAGAAGGAGGACAUGCCCUUGGUGAUUCAUUAGCUGUGCUACGCGCCUUUUAUCAACUCGGAGCGCGAUAUCUUACCGUUACUCAUACUUGUGAUACGAGGUGGGCGCGAGCCGCUGGCACUGCGGGUGGGCUCACAGUUUUCGGUAAAGCUGUAGUGCGUGAAAUGAAUCGGCUCGGCAUGAUAGUAGAUCUAUCGCAUGCAGGCGAAGAAACGGCGCGGGACGCUUUAGAGACGUCACAAGCGCCAGUAGUUUUUUCUCAUUCGGGUGCUGCUGCACUUUGCAAUUCAAGUCGGAACGUGCCUGACGACUUGCUUCGUAUGAUUGCCAAAAAUGGCGGAGUUGUAAUGAUUAAUUUCUACGCUAAAUUAGUUACUUGUGGAGUAAAAGCUACAGUGGAAGAUGUGGUCGCACACAUCAAUCAUGUGCGGCGCGUGGCAGGUGUGGAGCACGUGGGUUUGGGUGCAGGAUAUGACGGGAUCGACGCACCACCAGAGGGCCUGGAGGACGUGUCGAGGUAUCCUAACCUCCUGGCGGAGUUGCUGCGCGACCCUGACUGGAGCGAAGAUGACGUGAGGAAACUGGCCGGCAUGAACGUCGUGCGCGUGCUUCAGACAGUGGAGCGCGUGCGCGAUCAGUGGAGGCGCGCGGCCGUGUUACCGGGAGAAGAGACGGCCGGAGCCCGACGCGGCAACUGCGUAUACGGACCCGCGUGA